UCCAGCUUUAAGUUGUAUUUGAUUCUGCACAUUUCUUAAAUAAAGUUGACCAUUGUUUCCGGAAUUUGUGUGAAUUUGUUAAGCAAUCAUUCUCUGGUGCCAUGACGGGCUUAGCAAAAGAAAUUCUCCCCCUGCUCCUACUUCUCUCGGGCGUGGUGGCACUUACAGUAGGCGAAGACCCAGCCGCAGCUGGACUACAACCGCCCCCACUCCCUCCUCAACCACCACAACCAACAGCUAAUAAGCCCAACAAUAAGCCAGCAGGCCCCCCGAUCAAGAAGCUGGACGGCCCCCCUCCGAAUAAAAUGAACGGCCAAAGCAAGAAUAAGAAAUCACCUCCUCCGCUGCCUCCCACAACUCCACAACCUGCUCGAGAAGAAGACUCUGCCAUCGAGACCCCCAAGCUCAACAUGAAUGCCACCGCUCCCGUCAAGUGUGACCCUCGCGACUACGUCCAACGAGGCUACUGCCAAAAGUACUUCACCUGCAACAGGAAGCUGCGUCAGGAGAUAAAGCAUGGUUGCAGCGACGGUCUCUUUUGGAAUCCCAGCUUCAACUCGAUCCACGGCGGAGUUUGCGACUACUUGAGGAACAUUGAGAACGAGACGUUGUACGAGUACAAGAAGGACCCGACCUGCGUUUUGGACGUGGCCUACUUCCGGUCCGAAGGGGAAUGUUCCGGAAGAUAUUAUUACAACCAUCCGAAGAGGACGGAGGGUGUGGAGCAGGAGGAGGACUGCCCCCAAGGCCUCGUGUGGUCCAAGCUGAAGGAAAGCUGCGAGCUGUGUCACAUGGUGAAGAAGGCGGACGGCACCCCCUGCUGCUCCGAAGCCAUGGAGGACGACUACUGACGGUGGUGGGGACGUCGAGCGUCACGUGGGUGCAAUCAUACCUCCUCCUCCUCCAGCAAACCCAUCUCAUUCCAUGCCUCGAUGUCGAUCCCAUCCGUCGCCACUCAUCUCUUCGUCAUCUCAACGAUUAAUCUCGCACCUCUGUCAUUAUUUUCUUCAUAGGAAAAAGCUAUGAAUCUAAUUCUCUACAAAAUAUAAAACUUGCAUCUUAUUUCAAAAUUAAUAAAAUUUGAUCAAUUAGAAAAACCCAUUCUAUUAAAAGCUAUUGUGCACCGAAGCUUAUUGUUGGAACCACACAUAAGAAUGUAGGACC